AAUAAAAUUCAGUUUCUGAAUAUGAAUGUGUUUGGGACAGUGAGGAAGAGUCUUGUGAAGGGUGUUAGCAAUGGAGAGAGGAGUUCAAAGAUGGGCAGUGGAUAUAUCAGACUGGAAACCAUCUUUUCAAGACUUCUCUUUUGCCCUCUCUCUUCUUCCUGUCCAAGACUGCGAUUCAAUCACCAGGUUUAUAAAAAUGGAAGAUAGGAAAAGGGCACUUGUGAGCCGGAUGCUUCAAUAUGCUAUAGUACAUGAAGUGUUGGGAAUCCCAUGUGGAGAAAUUAUCAUCAAGCGCACAUUGGAAGGCAAACCAUAUUUGGAAUCUGGGAAACAUUUUCAAGAAUUCCCCAACUUUAAUUUUAACACAUCGCAUCAUGGUGACUAUGUAGCUAUAGCUUCUGAACCAUUAUGCCUUGUGGGGUUGGAUAUUGUGUCAAAUGUCAUUCCCUGGAAAGAGACAGUCACAGAAUUCAUUCAAAACUUCUCAUCUUAUUUUUCAAAUUUGGAGUGGGAUAAUAUAAUCACUUCUGGGAAUUCUAAUGAUAUUUUGUUUGAGUUUUAUAGGUAUUGGAGUCUCAAAGAAGCAUAUGUCAAAGCAACAGGUAGUGGGCUGGCUUAUGGUUUGGACAGAGUGGAAUUUCAUCAUACUGGUUGGACAAAUAUCUCUGUUAAAAUUGAUGGAAAGGCUAUGCCAGAAUGGAGAUUUUGGCUUUCUGAGCUGGGAAAAGGUCAUUUGGUAUCACUUGCAAGAGGUCACCCAAGAUCUGCUGCUAGUAAUUACAAGAAAACAUUGGACGUUACAGAUUUCGAUGAAGCAGAAUACCACAAAGGCCUUAAUCUUCCGAACACAAGAUUUUCGCUGAGAAACGUUGAACAACUCAUCCAAGUUUUAUGCAAAGAAAUUUACAGAGUACCUAGACCUAGGAUCCAUAAUACAGUUGAUGUAGAAGAAAUGUCUGAUGAACACUAAUCCAGUAGAAGUGUAAUAAAAAGCAUACCCAUUAUUUUGCA